AUGUUUCUGCUCUCUUUUUUGUUUAUCAUCUUUUUGGCAGGUAAAAUACGACAAUUGAGCUGUUUGAGAUUUUUUACUAAAUUCGUGCUUCUUUUAUUGUAAAUUUUUGCCGUGAACUAUUCUAUUUACAUAUUAAUUUUUUUAUUAUCGAUUGUUUCUUUUGCUUUUAUCAACAAAAAAGAUGACUUCGAGAAAUUUAGAAAAGGCUUGAUUUUAGCACCGGCUUUUUGUUGUUCAAAAAUGACCGUGAAGUCGGAGACUGUGGAAUAUAAAGAGCGCGACACCGUGCUUGAAGGGCAUUUGUAUCAACCGGAAACGUAAGUGCCUAUUAUUGAGAAAUAAGACUUGUUAUGUCGACUAAGAAUACGUCAGAUCCCCAACAUAGCAUACUUUACACAUCAUAUCUACAAUUUGAUUUUUUUGUCGCAAAAAAAAAUUUUUUUUUGCAUAAUGCAAUUAUGAGUAAAAAACAUUUUUAAGACUGAAAAUAAUACACAGUUUUACAGCGUAACCACCAAACACCCCGCAAUCCUGGUUUAUCCCGCAUUCUGGGGCCCAAGUCCGCAUGAAAAGAAAGUGGCACAUGAGUUAGCUGAAGUAAGCCUUCAUUUUGUCUUUUAUUACAACGAGACCGCUGACACGAGGUUUUCGCGACUUUUAAUUGCCCUUUGCUCUACAAAAGUUUAAACUUGAGCUCAAAAUUGCGAACAGUCCAAGUUCAAUGAAUCUUUAACUUUGAACUCAACAUGAAUACAAGUUCAAGGUCACAAGAAUCUAUGCAAAUUUUUUAUUUGAACGGAAAAUUGCACGGCACAUUUUUUGGGUCUUGGAAGCAAAAAUUUUUCUAGAAGAAAGUCGAUUUUUGCCUUUAGAAAAUUGCUUUUUCUUCUUGCAUACUGACGAAUAAGUCUUUACAGACAGAAAGGAAAAGAUUUACAGCAAAAAUCCUUAUGAAAUCAACGCUGAAUUUGGGCUUGAACUUAGAGGCUAAAUUUUUUUGGCAUUCAAAAUCGAAAUUUCGCUUUUUUAGUAUUGAUUUUCUCAACGUUAACGAGCAUUUUUGUAACAAAAUUUAUAUAUUCUGCAAAGGAAAUUGGUUACUCUAUGUACAGAUUUUUUGUUUUUACCGAUACAUCUUCUGGAUAACCGUACACGUACAAAAACGUAAUGACCACUUUUUAUUUUUUCGACACCGAUUGUCGGCGAAUAAAGUUCGGAAUGCUCUGUGCAAAAUUACAAACAAAUCUUUCCAGUUUUCUAAUCCGUUUUAUGAAUCUACUUAAUUACAGUUAGGUUUCAUUGCGCUUGUUGCUGACGUCUAUGGAAAAGGAGUCCGGCCGCAAAGCCGUGAAGACGCGUUCAAAGCACUUGGGCCGUAUUUCGCCGACCGUGAGGGUCUUCUAAAGCCUCGAAUUUUGGCAGCAUACAACUAUAUCACUGGAUUGCCAAAUGUGGACAAGGGCAAGGUAAAUUUUUGACAUUAUGAUGAGUUGUUUUAACAUGAUGACUAUUAUAUUUCUUUUUCAGGUCGGUGCCAUUGGCUACUGCUUCGGUGGGACUUGUGUGCUCGAUCUGGCUCGCUACAACGUCAAUAUCGUUGCUGGCGUCAGUUUUCAUGGCGGUCUGAAGCCAAUAAAAGAAGGAGAAGACCACUCCAAACUCCCUCUAAUCAACACAUCUCUCUUGAUUUGUCAUGGCGACGCUGAUGAGCAUGUGAAUCCAACAGUUCCGGCGUUCCUGGAAGAGUUGAGAGCUAGAAAAGCGGACUUCCAGUUCAUCAACUACGCCAAGGCCCUUCAUGGGUUCACCAUGGAGAAGGAGCCGGCCGGCCCUCCGAAUGUUGGGUAUGAUGAGAAAGCGGAUCGACGCUCCAAACUGGCGAUGCUGACGUUUUUCAACGAAAUCUUCGGAAUUCCGAAUAAGGACUAUUUUUUGAAUUUGUAA